AUGGGUCCUCAAUCAGAGGGAGGACCAUCUGGUGAUGGACGUAAUUACGGGGGUCGAUCACACAGUGAGGAUGGUGGUCGGUAUCAAUCAGACAGAGACGUUAAUAUGCUGGACGAACAUCUGCCGAGGCCAAAUGGCGCAUCCAUAGCAGAUGAUAUCAAGGCCCUGUCAUUGUUGGACGGUGCAGUCGGUACAGCUGGUAGAGACAGAGAGAGGGAUGCAGGUUCACAGAAGAACAGCGGAGAGCGCAGCCGAUCACGCACACGGAAUGGAAAGACUGGCAGCGGCCAACUCAGGAUUUGCAAGAAGUGUGGGGAACCUUUGACUGGCCAGUUCGUGCGUGCACUCGGUGGCACGUACCAUUUGGAUUGCUUCAGAUGUCGGGACUGUGGGGAGAUAGUAGCGUCGAAGUUCUUCCCCGUUGACGAGGAAAAUGGAGAAGGCCAAUACCCCCUUUGCGAGACCGAUUACUUUCGAAGACUUGACCUUAUAUGUUACAAGUGCAAUGGAGCUCUACGUGGAUCUUACAUCACGGCCCUCGAUCGCAAAUAUCACAUCGACCAUUUCACCUGCUCGGUAUGCCCUACAGUAUUCGGGGCGCAGGAUAGUUAUUACGAGCACGACGGCCAAGUCUAUUGUCACUAUCACUACUCCACUCAAUUUGCGCAACGAUGUAACGGAUGCCAAACAGCAAUCCUGAAACAAUUUGUUGAAAUCUUCCGCAAUGGCCAAAAUCAGCAUUGGCACCCAGAAUGCUAUAUGAUCCACAAAUUCUGGAAUGUACGGCUUGCUUCGUCACAGGACGUCGCUGAAACGCCUCAACUGGAAGAUACCGAAGAUGAGGCAGCGCGUAAUGCCGUACGGGAGAAAGAGGAGAGAAUGGAGGAGAAGGUCUAUAGGAUCUGGAGUGUUCUAUCCACCUUUGAAGAGUCAUCAGCCGCUUGCAUAUCAGACAUGCUCUUACACGUGAGCAAUGGAGCCUAUGUGGAUGGUGUCUUGGUUGCCAAGAAGUUCAUCUGGCACGUUGAUAUGCUUUUCCAUUCUGCUGAUAAGCUUGACGCGAGUAUGGCAAGAUCAUCAGGGUCCAAGGGACUUUCAUACUCGCGAGAGGCGAAGUUAUUAUGCAAGAAGAUAGUUGCUUUCUUUUCACUGCUCUCAAAAACUCAGGAGACAGGUGUCCGAAAGCUUGGAGUUACCCAAGAACUUCUGGCGCUUGUCACUGGUUUGGCUCACUAUCUGAAGCUCUUGAUCCGAAUCUGCCUUCAAGGUGCACUCAAGGUGGAACGGGAGCAACAAAGUCCAGAUGGCCUUCAUCAAUUUCUGGAUGAUCUCAGCGACAUGGAAGCCGUCAAGAACGAUGAUAGAUCACUGGAGGCUACGACAGGCACGCCAGGGCUAGCUGCGCCAAAUUCGGACCAGUGCGUUAGUUGCAAACGGCCAAUCGAGGAUGAAUGUGCUCGCUGUGGAGAACGGAGGUGGCAUAUGGCAUGCCUCCAGUGCACCAAUUGCUCACGUGAACUGGGGCAGACCCUCGAAGACGUGAGAUGGAGUGAGCAGGAUCAAGGAAUAUACUGCAAUAAUUGUGACGAAAGCCCUGGAGCCGUUGGAGGGUUUGAACGAGUUACCAGGUUGCAACAAUACGUCUUCCUCCUGAGAGUUGCGCUAGCAAGGCUUUUGGAGAUACUACGAACCAGUGGUACACUUCCCCACACUUCAGAUGACCCGAACUUGAAUGGUUAUAACUCUAGUGAAGGUCAUCGUUUAUCUGCACAAGCAGAUCCGCCGCUCUUGAGAUCAGACACUCGCUCAAAAUCGUAUGGAGGACCGGUUGAUGAGGCCCCAACUCCGUCAUCUUAUGAAAAUACUCUCAAUGACGUGCGUCGGCUUCGAAGCACCCGCAUGGACAAGCAUCUUUCAUCCACCAUGAAGAAGGCGAGGACGUCGCGGAUAAUGGAUGGCCAGGACGGUGGACGUAAUAGACCGGGAUCUGCUGGAGCUGACGGGUCAGAUUCAAGACAUCCUGGUUUUCAAAUCGUCGAGGAGCGCGAUAGUAAUGGAGAGUCAAGGACUGAGCUGAUGUUUGGACAUCAAGACGCACUUACAUUGGAUGACAUUCCGAGGAUUGUUGCCGCCGAGCAAGCUAAGGAGCAGCGGCCUAAUGCAUAUAAGCACGCACGUCACGACCCAUUCAGAACGUCUGUCACAGAGCCCAAACUCGUCAAUGGCCACCAGCGCACUUUCUCCAGUGGAAAUGCCCUUGAUGCGCCUGGGCAAGGAGAACCCUCAUCACAGCGACGUGAGCAUAGCAACAAAUACUUCUCCGAACUAUCUGCAUUGGAAUACUUUAUUGUUCGUCAUGUGGCUGUCAUCGCGAUGCAGCCGAUGUUGGAAGGUCACUUCACGAUGGAAGAAUUACUCAAUUUGAUUGAGACUAGAAAGCCAACAUUCUGGAACAAGAUGGGUAAAGCCUUCAAGAAUGACACUAAGAAGGGCGGCAAGAAGAAAGGAGUAUUUGGUGUACCGCUCGAAGUCAUUAUUGAGAGGGAUGGAGCAGACUCGACUGAUGGCAUUGGCCCUGGAGCGUUACGGAUACCCGCCAUUGUUGACGAUGCCAUUACCACAAUGCGCAAGAUGGACUUAUCUGUGGAAGGUGUCUUCCGAAAGAAUGGUAAUAUCAAAAGGCUGAACGAGUCAAUGGCCAUAAUUGACAAGGACGGAUGCGACGCGAUAGAUCUCACGAAGGAGAACGUUGUGCAAGUCGCAGCUUUACUUAAGAAAUACCUCCGAGAGCUUCCGGAUCCAUUGCUGACUUUCAAACUACACCGCCUCUUUAUCGCUUCACAAAAGAUUGCUGACGAAGAUAAGCGGCGGCGGGUGCUUCAUUUGACCUGCUGUCUACUUCCAAAAGCUCAUCGCGACUGCCUGGAAAUCUUGUGCUCCUUCUUCAAGUGGGUUGCCUCCUUUCACCAGGUUGAUGAAGAGUCGGGAUCUAAGAUGGACACCCAUAACCUGGCAACUGUUAUUGCGCCAAAUAUUCUGUUCACCAACGCCAAGACGCCUGUUGACGAUAACUUCCUUGCCAUUGAGGUUGUGCACACUCUCAUCGAAUGCAACGAGCAGAUGUGUGAGGUGCCUGAAGACCUUCAAUCUAUCCUUAGUGAUCCGACACUCUUUACCAAUCCUAGUGAUAUCACCACCAAGGAAAUCCUGAGGCGAUAUGGCGAUAUUGGCACAAAUGCAGGCCCAAGACAUCAAGUCGAGACAUCCGAAACCCCGUCCCCAGGUUCGCGGUCCAAGGACAGUGGACCAUUAGCACCGGUGGUGACCAGGGUCGACACAGAUCCAUCCCAAGCUCAUGCAUGGCAGAAUGAGAGUAGUGUCAGACAUGUUCAGGAGAACUAUGUUCCGUACAAUAGUAGUUCGAACAAUCAGAACACACCUCCCCAGCAUUGGCAAGGUCAGGAUUCCGAGGCACCAUCACCUUACUCGCAUCGGAACGGCAAUCCAGAUAGCCAGCCCGAUAAUAAACGUCACGACUAUCGUAAUUCGGGGUGGGGACGACCACAAAACGGUUCAGUUGGGGUCACUGGAGCCGGUUGA